AAACAAUUGGACAGCGAGACGCCCAUCGCAAACAACACACUUAUAAAUAACGUCGACUGAUGCUCGCUAUUUAGAUUUUAAGUGCUGGUGGACAUUGUUGGAUCCUAAAAUGUUAAGUUUUGCUUUCAUUGCUUUAUGUUUCGUGUCUCUAACUCACGUCUCUAAUGCUAGAAAUUGUUAUGAUGAGCAAGGUAACGCUCUGAGUUGUUCGCCACCAUUCAUGAAUGCAGCCUUCGGUAGAUCUGUGGAGGCCACCAACACAUGUGGUCAGACGACUCCGACAGAAUACUGCCCUUUGUCAGGGUGGGGCCGAAACUGCCAAACGUGUGAUUCCCAGAGUCCAAGAUCUAGCCAUCCCCCAAGACUGAUGACGGAUUUCAAUAGCUUCUCUGGCGCAACCUGGUGGCAGUCAGACACGAUGUUGGAUGGAAUUCGAUAUCCUGUAGUAGUCAACUUAACUCUUAAUUUAGACAAAGCCUAUGACGUUAGCUAUAUUAGACUUCGUUUCCAAUCUCCAAGGCCAGAGAGCUUCGCAAUCUACAAGAAAACAACACAAAAUGGUAACUGGAUUCCUUUCCAGUUUUUUAGUGGUUCCUGUCAAUCGACAUACGGGAAAGAUGACUCUGCUGCCGUUACAGAUGACCAAGCCGUGUGUACUGCCGAUUCCACCGAUAUCUCACCUUUGACUGGUGGUUCAGUUGCAUUCAGUCCUUUAGCGAGAAUGCCUAGUAUGUUCAAUUUUGAGAAUAGUCCUGUAUUACAGGAAUGGGUAACGGCCACGGCUAUCCGAAUUACUCUCACCCGAAUAAACACAUUUGGAGAUGAAGACUUUGGUGGUGCUCAGGUCUUAAAAUCAUAUUACUACGCCAUUUCUGAUUUACAAAUUGGAGCCAGAUGUAAAUGUAAUGGUCAUGGCAAGGAGUGCUAUACGCCACAGGGCCAGACAUCCGAGGUUUGUAGGUGUGUACACAACACGGACGGCGUGGACUGUGGGAAAUGUCUCCCUCUAUACAACGACAGACCAUGGGGCAGGGCCACGCAGACAGACGCUAAACAAUGUCAGCGUUGCGAGUGCAACAACAAGGCGGACCGUUGCUACUUUGACCAGGACCUUUACCAGAGAACUGGCAGGGGAGGUCACUGUAUUGACUGUCGCGACAACACUGACGGACCACACUGUGAAAGAUGCAAGGACAAGCACUUUCUAGAAUCAGCAGUCGGGAGGUGUACUCCUUGUGAAUGUAAUCCUGCUGGUUCUGAGACGCAGCAGUGUGAUACAAAUGGCAGAUGUCAGUGUAAACCAGGCUUUGCAGGAAAUAAAUGUGGCAGGUCUUCAGCAAGUCGUUAGGGUGUUCCUAUACCAACUACUAUAGAAUCACUUAUUUUCGCGGGGUCAAUUCUUCAAGGUUUGAGGAAUAAUGGCAUAUUUGUGGGGUCUUGUCGUUGCUGAUUUUCUGUUGAAUUCGUGAGUAUAUCUCAACCAUGAGAUCGACCCCCACGAAAAGUUUUGAUUUUACAGUAUCCCUUCAGUGGUUCCUCUUCAAUACAAGACACUGGCACAUGAACAAACAACAUGCUGAGGUCAUCAUCUUGUAUAUAUACCUAACGAUGUUACUUAUAUAAUUCAAGGGACGGUCAUCGUUUUCUAUAAUUCAAUACCUGUUUAUCAAAUCUGAUUAAAAUCUUGAUCUUUUAUUCA